GCAGCUCGGAGCUCAAAACGCACCGGAUGAACUUGAGCAGCUGACCGGGAAACAGUUGAUCCGUGCGGGCUAAAUUUAUCCAGUGUUGACGGUCCGGAGGAGGAAGAAGACGCAGUUUAUUCUAAAGAAGCAGUCAGAGUGGAUCAGUGACCGGGCGGUGAUCAUGACUGAGCCCGCAGGGAAGAGGUUAAAGAGCGGCCUGCCGCUGUGCACCGCGCACCGGAGCUCCGCGGGCAGCCGGGCCAGACACAACCUGCAGGCCGCCGUGGAGGAGGCUCUGUGCGGGGUGAGCAGCCUGCUGUGGGACGGAGCGUACCGCCUGCAGGCUCUGGCCAGUGUGUUUGAGCGGGACGACGUCGCUCUGCCCCGCGUCGCCUCUUUCUUCCACCAGGAGGCGCUGAAGCAGGAGGAGGAGGCCGAGGCCAUGCUGGGGUAUCUGGCUGAGAGAGGGGGCAACUACUGCGGCAGGGACAUCCAGAAGCCGGGUUGCGAGGCGGUCUGCGCGCUGUUGCCGGCUCUGGAGCUGCUGCUGCUCCAGCUGAAGGAGGAGGUCGGCGUCCUGGUGGAGCUGAACCAGCUGGCUCGCACCAACGGCGACCCGCACACCGCCAGCGUCGUGAAGAGCCACUUCCUGACGCCGCGGGUGGACCGCCUCAAACUGCUGGGAGACCUGCUUACCAACGCCCGGCGGGUGGGCUGCACCAGCGACCACACGGGGGGGUUCGGGGAGUACCUCCUCAACGAGCUGCAGGAGGAGCUCACCAGAUGAUCAAUCAGUCUGGAUCAAUACGAUUGGAAAUGUCUGAGAACAAAAGUUAAAUUUGCUUUGUGAAAGAUAUAAAUAUUAUUUUCUCCAAAGAACCAGGGUGCAUUUUGGGAAAUUUUCUCGUUAGCCACCUCCCCCUUCCUCCCGUACAGAGAUCUGUCGAGGUCAUAUGUAGCCUAGCUUAGCACAAAAAGACUAGAAGAAGUAACUUCACUCCGUCAAAAGAGAGAAAUACUUUCCAGGGUGUGUUUAGCCUAGCUUAGCACAAACACUGAAAGCAGAGGGAAACUGCUAGCCUAAUAAAAUGCACCUUAAACAACCCUAAAGCUCUUGAACGUUCUCCGUUAAAGUAUGUUUUAUGAUUAUAUUAGUGAAUAAUAAUCAGUUUUUGAUAAACGGGAAAUUCAACCUAUCGAGGAGGUCUCGGCUGCAGGCUAUUUAGCCUAGCUUAGCACAAAUACUGAGCCAAGCUCCAUGAAAAGAACAGAAGCACCUUUAAACAAACUGUUCUUCAGUUUAAGCUUUAAUCUAACAUUCAAAGCAGCUAGCUAACUAGCAAAGUGCCUCCUAUCAUUCUUGUUGUUUAUUUUAUUGUUUGUGUGUUUAAAUAGUAAAUUAAAGAAACAGAAGGUGACGUCAUCCUGGGUGUGUUUAGCCUAGCUUAGCACAAAGACUGCACCAAAAGAAAAAGAAAAUCCAACCUAACGUCUCCAAAGCUCUGAUUUACAUUUGGUAUCUUGUUAGCUUACAAACCCUAAACUCUACUUUAAUGAGAAUUAGAUCUGUUUUUUUUGUAUUAAAAUUAUAUUUUUCUGAACAUAUUUUUCUACAAAACUGAGCCAGUGUAAAUUUUGAUUAUCACGAAUAUAUAAACUUACCAAAGAAGUGCUAAUGUUCAAUAACCAGUUAUAUAGAAACUAUAUAAACUAAAUAAAUUAAAAACGAUGUUUAUUUGACACGUUGAGACGUUGUACGUGUGCUGCUACGCUUUGUCUUCUGUUUGUUAACUCGUGUAUACAAACAUAUGAGUGUGAUUUCAUUUUUAUCAUUUAUUCACCGCGUGUUCAGUAUUUAAUCUUAUAUUCUUGUUUUGUGACUUUUAUUGUGACAGUCUCACUACGGAGGCCACGAGGUGUUUGACAGUUGUACGUUUAUUUUCAGAUGUUUGUUGUUAUUGGUUUGGGUUUGUUGUGUAUUAUGUAAUAAAGUUUACUUUGUUUCAAAUGUUUAUAAAGUCCAGAAAUAAUAAAAAUAAAGUUAAAGAACCGUU